AUGACGGCAACGGAAGCCAAGCAAACGGCGGACAACUCAAAUGGCUCCACAACGGCUGCUACGUCCGGAGUGGGUUCGUCAAACGGCCAUCCCCACGGUGACUUCCACAGACUGGAUUCAUUCGUGCGCGCCUACACUGGCCAUGAGCUGCGCUGUGUAACGUCCUUCAAUGAUUUCGUCGAACGGUGCAUGUACCGGCCGGUGGAUGGAGCCGCCCUCGGAGUGGCCCGUGCACUGUUCGGGUUGGCCAUGCUCAUCGACAUCCCGGAAGAGCGUGGUGGCGGUGAUCUGGACCUACGUUGGGGUGAACCACGGGACUGCCGCUUUCCACUGAUCCAUUCCAUGGAAACCCCGGCAUUACCGCGCAUGGGACUGAUUUAUGGCUUGAUGUGGCUCGGCGCGGCGGGCAUUAUGUUGGGCUAUCGAUUUCGCACGUCGGCCACCAUCUUCGUCGGGACGUAUUGGUACGUGUUCCUGCUGGAUAAGAGUGCCUGGAAUAACCACAGCUACCUAUACGGGCUGCUCGGGACAAUCCUGCUCUUUACCGAUGCAAGUCGAUGUUGGUCAAUUGACUCCUGGCGCGAACCAGAACGUGAGCAGACGGUUCCUUUCUGGAACUACUUCAUCUUAAAAUUUCAAUUUUUCGUACUCUACUUCCUGGCCGGGCUGAAGAAACUAUGCCGCGAGUGGCUGUCCGGGUAUGCCAUGACGAAUCUCAGCUACCAUUGGGUAUUUUUACCGUUCCGAAUCGUACUGGGACCAAGGCUUACCGACUUGCUGAUUGUGCACUGGUUUGGCUGUUUUUUCGACACUACUGUUGUGUUCUUCCUCAUAUACGCCCCGACACGCAAGCUGGCAACCGUAUUUGCCAGUGCAUUUCAUCUGAUGAACUCACGGCUCUUCCAUAUCGGCAUGUUUCCUUGGGUUUGUCUAACGCAGCUUCCACUGUACUAUAGUUUCAGUUGGCCACGGAAGCUCCGCCUGCUAAGUUCACCGUUGGUUGCUACGACGAAAGCAUUCACUGAAGAACCUCCAACUGUUGAAGUGUGUGGAAAAACGAAACACCGUCUACGGCGAAGGCGAUGGUCUAUGGUGGUCAUGCUGAUGUACUGUUUGCUGCAACUAUUCCUUCCAUACUCUCAUUUCCUCACGAAAGGAUACAACAACUGGACAAACGGGCUGUACGGAUACUCAUGGGACAUGAUGGUGCACGCUUGGGAUACAGUAAUGAUUGGCAUCCGGGUGGUAGAUCUUCAAGAUCCGGAACGGGUACAUUACGUGGAGCCGUACGCCUUCACCGAUAACGAUCGCUGGACCAAGCAUGCAGAUAUGGCUGUACAGUUUGCGCGUUGCAUUGAACGGAACAUCCAAAAGGAAGCAUCCAGAGAAUGGGUUCAGUUCCGUGGAGGCCGAACCGAAACAAUGGCUAAUGUGUCCGUUUACUUCGAUAUCUGGUGCAGCAUGAAUGGGCGCUUUCAACAGAGGAUAUUCAACCCGAAUGUGGAUAUCCUACGGGCACCGUGGUCGCCGUUCGUGUCGGUACAGUGGGUUCUUCCUUUGCUGGACGAAUUCAACGGAUUGCGUGAUACUAUGAUACGUCGAAUCACCGACGAAGUGCUUGGCUGGAGCAAUCACUCGGAUGUGCUGUUUAUAGCUGACUUUCCGGGACUGAUGUUGCGGAACUUUGUCGGGAAGGAUCUGUACAACGUGACGCUGACGGUACUUCAAGGAACGGUCCGAUAUCAACUAUCCCGUGAGGACGAAGUGGGUGGGAAAGAUCCGAUCACACUAACUACCGGUGAAAGCAUCGAACUUCUCUCGGGUAGUUUUCAUUCCAUCGAAACAAUCGGUUCGCAACCUUCCUGCUACAUGUACACAUACGUAAAUCGCACCAAAGAGCAAAAUGCAUCCAAAAAUCAGGCGGAUUUAAACGCUUCACCCACGUCAAUUCUUCCGCUUGGCGAGGAGUUCCUUCAUCGAUGGGAAAAUGUUGUCCGUUUCGCGCAGCAUGUAGCCAACUCGUUGUUGUUCGAACUGUACGGAGUACCGAUGCCAAGACGUUUAAAGGAGCUGGUAGUAGAUGGUUAAUGUAAAGCAAAUAAGUGUGGCCAGUGUAUAGUCGAAUUUAUGUUUUAAGAUUUAGUUUUGCUAUAUGUACAACGGUGGAUCGGUAAAUAACAAUAAACAUAACACUCAUC